AUGAGUGAAAUUGUAAGGGCUCCCGGGGGCACUAUCGUAAUUUUUGUGCUGGGUGGACCUGGCUCUGGUAAAGGCACGCAAUGCAGUAAAAUAGUCAAAGAUUUUGGAUUUGUUCAUUUGUCCGCCGGAGAUUUGCUUCGAGAGGAGCAACAAAAUCCGAAUUCUAAAGACGGUGACUUGAUAAAAACUUACAUUAAAGAAGGCUUAAUCGUACCUAUGGAAAUUACCGUUAAAUUGAUUUCGAAGAAAAUGCAAGAAAGCAAAUCAAAUAUAUUUUUGAUUGAUGGAUUUCCACGAAAACUUGAUCAGGCUGAAUUUUUCUGUAAAAAUGUAGUAGAGCCACAUUUCAUUCUUUUUCUUGAUUGUGAUAAAGAAGUUAUGAAACAACGUCUCUUGAAGCGUGGAGAAACUAGCGGUCGAAUUGAUGACAAUAUUGAAACAAUUGAAAAACGAUUCAAAGUUUUUAAAGAAGAGAGUUUACCUGUAAUCGAAUAUUUUGAGGAAAAAGAAAAAGUUCAUAGGAUACCUUGUACUGAAAGUCCUGAUGAGGUUUAUUUAAAGAUCAGGCCAUUGCUUGAAGGUCUGAGCAAAUAA